AUGUCUUCCACCGGCUCGGAUGCGGAGACUCCUACCGCCACGGUUGUUGCUGCCCCAACUCCGUCCUCAGGCAAACCAGAGUUCCAUCCUGCCCUUGCUGUCACCAAUAUCAAAAACAGCAUCCCUUUUGUCCUGGAGUCAGAAAAGGACCAUUAUGCUAUGUGGGCUGAAUUGUUUGCUACUCAUGCUAGGGCCACCCGGGUUAUUCACCACAUCAUUCCCCAACCUGGGAAGGACCGUCCUGCUCCGACUGAUCCGGCUCAUGAACAGUGGCAAACACUUGACUCUACUGUCCUUCAGUGGAUCUACUCCACCAUUUUCUUUGAUCUCCUUGCUACCAUCAUGGAGAAGGGCUCCACUGCUAUGGAAACAUGGAACCGUUUGGCUGCUAUUUUUUAG